AUGUCGACGGCAUCAGCGGCAGCAACGUCUGCGUCAACAUUGACAAAUACGGCAGCGGCGUCAUCAUCGUCUUCAGGAAACGCAGAUCUCGUUGCCACGACCUUCAAACGUCUUCAUCCCAUCUCGUAUCUUUCGCGUUUCCUCGACGCUUCCAUUCGCGAGGAUGGCCGUGCCCUCACCGCCUUCCGCGAUGCCAGUCUCACCGUCGGCUCAAUUUCGACAGCAGACGGUUCUUCGUUUGUCCGUAUCGGCAACACGUCGUGCAUCGCAGCCAUCAAGGCAGAAGUCGCAGCGCCUCAGCUCUCUCGUUCACGCGAAGGCUAUCUCAUCCCCAACGUCGAGCUGCCUGCCGUCUCAUCGUCCAAAUUUAAACCAGGCGCACCUGGUGAAGAGGCGCAGGUGCUGACCAGCAGACUCCUGGCGCUGCUCAACAGCUCCAACGUGCUCGACAGGGAGCAGCUCUGCAUUCAGGAAGCAAAGGCAGUUUGGUGCCUCUACCUUGAUAUCAGCUUCGUCUGCUUUGAUGGUAACGCCAUGGAUGCCGCCGUGCUCGCUGCUGUUGCAGCACUUUCAAAUACGAACCUCGCCAAAGCCACUUACGACCCGGAUACUGAACAGGUGCGCUGCUCUUCGAGCCGCACCGCUUUGCAUCUCGAAGACGUCCCUCUCGCCUCGUCCUUCUCCAUCUUUGAGGACCAGCAUCUGCUCAGCGACCCCACCGCAUUUGAGUCGGCCCUCUCCUCUUCCCACCUCACCAUCGCUAUCUCGCUUAACCCGGCAUCUGUUCCCAAACAAUCCUCAAAGACAAAGCCGACCGUUACCUUCCUCCAUCAAUCAGGUCGUUUGUCCACCACCAGUGCAGACCAGUCCAGCACUGCGAGCGAUCAGCAAAAUCUCCAGGCCUGCAUAGACAGAGCAACCUCGCGAGCAAGACAGUUGGCCUCUCUCUUGCGCGACGCUCAAUCCCAACAAUCUUAG